AUGACCAUUGUGCACAACAAAGGAAUUUUCACCCAUGAGUUUUGCUGGUGCAGCUGCCCUGGGUCUGAUUCUGCAGACUGGCACCUUCAUUUACUCAGGGAAAGACUCUUUCCAGCCAGCAUAACAAAGCCCAGAACUGCUUUCACCUUUGAUGUCCUCAAUCACUUUCUUAUUGAUGCUUUGGAGUGCAAGACCUCAGCUAUGAGUUUCUAUCAGAAGCUGAAGAGGUUCACCAAUAAUGCUUUUCCUGACAGGGUACCAGACCAGUACCAAGAGCUGAUGUGGGUGUCCCAACUGUGGAGGGAUUUGAAACAUAGGAAAUGGUUUGGGUUUGGUCAUGAUUCUGAGCAAGAUCCUGUGCAGGGAGGACUUGCACUCUUUUGCCCUGCUUGCCCAGAACCAGGUAUUAAUUUACCUCCAGAUUGGAGAACUUGCUACAGCAGUGACACUGUGAUGAGGCAAUAUGUGAUGGAUGGCAACUUCACUGUACAGCAUAUGAAAAUGAACAAGCCAGAGCUGGAUGUGUCAUUAUCAGAUGGAAAAGGCUACAUGGUUUCUGAGGCACCCUAUCAGACUCAUCUCCAGCAGUCUUUGGAUAACAAGGAGAGAUCCACCUGCAGCAAUCACAGGGCCAUCAAUGCUGCCAAUAUCAACAAGUCCAAUCUCUGGUCCACUGGCAUUGGUGCAACAGCCUGUGCAAGACAUGGUUGCUUUGUUCCCCAUUCUGUGGUGGAUUUUCAAAGAGGGGAAAGGUGA